UGUCAUAAAGAAAGAAAAUUAGAAAACACCAUGAGCUGCGAGGGAGAGUGAGUUUUUGGCGCUUGUAGUUAAAGGCUUAAAGCAAAGGUCUCCACUGUCAAGCACCGUGGUUGGGCAGUAUCGAUGGGAGAAGAAGAAAAAGAGGUGGUUGAAUCCGAAUCCAAUAUACCAAACCCGAACCCGAACGAAGAGUACUCGUGGCCUGUACUUCGGUUCGAUGUCCCUCCUCAUAGAACCUACCACUUCCACCGCCAGUUCAUCACUCCCACUAACCCUAACAAUUUCCUCAAGGCCGUUAAAUGGUCACCUGAUGGCUCCUGUUUCCUCACCACUUCCGACGAUAACACUCUUCGCAUCUUCACGCCACCGAGUAGUGAAAGUGACAUUCCUCUUGAUGCUUCAGAUGAUGAUGAUUCCUUUGCUGCAAAUUUAGUCAUGAGUGAAGGAGAGUCUAUUCAUGAUUUCUGUUGGUAUCCUUACAUGUCUGCUUCAGAUCCUGUGACUAAUGUUUUCGCGACUACUACUCGCGACCAUCCAAUACAUCUAUGGGAUGCUACAUCAGGCCAGUUACGUUGCACAUAUCGAGCAUAUGAUGCUAUGGAUGAAAUUACUACAGCUUUUUCAAUUGCUUUUAAUCCUUCCGGGACUAAGAUAUUUGCUGGAUACAAUAAAUGUAUUAGGAUGUUUGAUUUACAUCGACCUGGUAGAGAUUUUGAAAUGUAUUCAACAGUUAAAGAUAAAAAAGAAGGCCAAACAGGUAUUUUAUCUGCAAUGGCUUUUUCUCCCUCUAAUGGGAUGCUAGCUGUGGGUUCUUACAGUCAAACUACUGCUAUUUAUAAGGAAGAUAACAUGGAGCUCUUGUACGUUUUGCAUGGUCAAGAAGGUGGGAUUACACAUGUCCAAUUUUCCAGAGAUGGAAAUUAUUUAUAUACUGGAGGCCGGAAGGACCCUUAUAUACUCUGCUGGGAUGUGCGCAAAGCUGUUGAUUGUGUGUACAAGUUAUACAGAUCAUCGGAAAACACCAAUCAGCGGAUACUGUUUGAUAUUGACCCUUCUGGACGGCAUCUUGGCACAGGCGGCCAGGAUGGUUUAGUACAUAUAUAUGAUCUUCAAACUGGGCAGUGGGUGUCAAGUUUCGAGGCUGCAUUAGACACGGUUAACGGCUUCUCUUUCCAUCCAUUUCUGCCCUCUGCUGUGUCAUCCUCAGGCCACCGAAGAUUUGUAAUUCCAGAUGAUGGCAAUGAAGAUUUGUUUUUGAGUGGUCGUGAAAACUGUGUUGCGCUGUGGAGUUUCUUUUAUGAUUCAUUGAUGGAGAAAGAUUUGAAGGACGAUGGGAGUUUCAAUAAUCAAUCUGAAAGUGGAUACUUGGACUAAAAUUUGAGGCCACCUUGUACCAAUCAAUUAAAACAAGUUUCUUUUGUACCCAUUGAUCAAAAUGGUUCCUUUUGUCUAAUCGUUCUGUGACAAAAGACUGAUCAAAGUUUUGCAUAUAUAGUUUAUGGGAUUAAUGUUUCUGAUGUGUAUAAAAUAAUUUUAUUUUCUACACACACAUAAAAAUAUAAG